AUGUCUUCACUUGAUGAUAUUCUGAACGAUAAUGCGGCCUUUUCAGUUCAAAAUGCUCAGGCAAGUCAAGCAUCACUGGCUCAUCUCACGAUAUUACGUAUGUUCUGCGCUGUUUAUGAGAAGCUCGGGAGUUCCCCCGCGGUAGCAACAAGUUGGACUUCUCAGGACGCGGAUGCCAGGAUCGACACAUUUCUCAGAAUUGCGACCUACAGAUAUACAUUGUACCUUGAUUUGUUGGUGUCUGUGACAGAAAAGGCCAAAGAAACUUGGCCUCUGCCACCAUGGGACGUUGCCAUUGUGAUGCAUACCCAUCUUCUUGCACCAAAGAAGUUCUCUGAUGACAUUACUUCGAAUCCAAGAUACAGUACUCUUGCUAGCCUUAUCGAUUUCCCUCUCAUGCGACUAUUGGACAAAAUUCGACGUCUGGAUCGCGAUAAACAAGUCAGAUUGAACGUGGGACAAUGGCACCGAAAAUUCCCUCACUUUCCAUAUGAUCUCAUUACUGUGGGAAGCUCUGGCCCAAUCUUUCCUCCUCACCUGAGUCUUUCACGCAAUUACGAUCCUAGCACUUUCUCAUUUCCAGCAUCAUCAACUUCCAUAUUCAGCUUCGACUUGCCACAAGCUGUGAAACGCCAGAUGGUAUUUGCGCAGAAGAUCACAUCAGUCUUCCCUUGGGAUCCAGUUCCAGAAGAGGUCCUACUCGACUCUCAAUUUCGAUACGGUCGAUUCCUAAAUUUGUUUCGGUUGAAUACACUACAACAAUUAGUGCCAACGAUGAAUAUCGACUUAUUCUGGCAUACUCAUCAACUCUCUGCAUCGCGCUACUUACCAUGGUGUGUGCAGCACUUGGGACAGUACCUGAAUCAUGACGACAGUAUAGACGACGUCGAAUUAUCUCCUAGCUUAGAUGAGACGUCCGCGGCUUGGAAGGCCCAUUACAACGAGGACUACUUGUCCCCUCCACCUCAGCCCAGAUCCGAAGAAGCACCACCUCCAUACCCUCAACAAGUCGACCCUUUUCUGACUCCAGCGACUAGCCCUAACAUCGGGGGCCAGUUUUCUCGCGCGUCACUCAACGAAGCACAGCUCAAUCUCUGGACAUACGAUGUAGAGCGGCAACGCGAGCACGAGACGUACACUCUCAAACAUCACCGCCUUCAAGCCGAGCUCGCCGCUGUCAAUCGAGACAUAGCGAAUCGCCGUGCCCAACCUAUCGGUCCCAGUCGCAUCGUUCGCAGCGUCUUUCGUGUUGCCAUCGAUGGUGUCACACACAGUGAAUCUGCCAAAGCACACCGACUGAAACUGGUGAAGAAAAUGAACGAUGAAAUAGCUUGGUACGCCGAGCUGCGCAAAAAGUGGCGUCACACUCGUUGGCCUCUUCUUGUGGCUGCUCGCGGUUGGGGUGAUCCUAACUUGACGUCUGGUGCAUAUUCACGGCCUUCUCAAGGGACGAGAGAUCUACCUUUCGCUAUUUAUGGUGCUACUUGGUAUGAUAAUAAGCCAUUGGGAUAUCAUGACUAUCCAAAUUUGGCCAGAGAUGCUGAGAAUGGGAUUGUGGGAGGUGGUCUUGGGGCUGAUGGAGGGAUGUGUGGGGGAAAGUUUGAUGGAGGGAAUUGUGCGGCUAUACUCUAUCGUCGGCCAGCGGGAACUAGUAGUUCGGGAGGAGGCUGUGGAGGCGGUGGUGGUGGAUGUGGAGGAGGCGGAGGAGGCUGCGGUGGGGGUGGUUAA